UGGGGCGGGGUGACGGCGACGCCGGAGAAAUGAUGGCGGCCGGGACGACAACCGUGACGGGGCCAGGGCUGCGGCGUCUCUUGGCGGCGGGUUCGAGCCUGAGGAGGCGGAGAUUAGUAAGUUGUCUUCUGCCUGUUGCUGUUCCAAAGCCUGAUUUUCGCUUGACACCAUCUCGCAGCUAUAUACCCAGGAGAGCUGUCCUCUAUGUGCCUGCUGAUGAUGAGCGAAAGAUACAAAAAGUUCCAUCUCUUAAUGUGGAUUGUGCAGUGCUGGACUGUGAAGAUGGAGUUGCUCUAAACAGAAAGGCAGAAGCACGAACAACUACUGUAAAAACACUUGAAGGAUUUGAGUUUGGCCGGAUGGAAAAGUGUGUAAGGAUAAAUUCAGUGCCCAGUGGUCUUGCUGAAGAAGACAUGAAGGUCAUUUUUGGGUCCAACAUUCUUCCUACCAGUUUGAUGCUACCUAAAGUUGAAAACAUAGAAGAAAUAAGAUGGUUUACAGAGAAAUUUGCAGGCCACACAAAAGGCCGCACACUUGUAGAACCAAUGCAUUUCAUCCCUUUUGUGGAAACAGCAAUGGGGCUGCUCAAUUUUAAGGCAGUUUGUGAAGAAACACUGAGAGCAGGACCCCGGAUUGGCCUUCAUUUGGAUGCAGUAGUCUUCGGAGGAGAGGAUUUUCGUGCCAGCAUAGGUUCAACUAGCAGUAAAGACACCCUUGAUAUUCUUUAUGCCAGACAAAAAAUUAUUGUCACAGCAAAAGCUUUUGGCUUGCAAGCCAUAGACCUUGUAUAUAUUGACUUUCAAGAUGAAGAAGGACUCCGGAAGCAGUCAAGAGAGGGUGCCUUAAUGGGUUUUACUGGUAAGCAGGUGAUUCACCCUAAGCAAAUUGCUGUUGUCCAGGAAGAGUUCUCACCAAGUCCUGAAAAAAUAAAGUGGGCACAGGAACUGAUUGCUGCCUUCAAUGAACACCAGCGCAUAGGGAAGGGUGCCUUCACUUUCCGUGGCAGCAUGAUAGACAUGCCAUUACUGAAGCAGGCCCGGAACAUUGUUACGCUUGCCACAGCCAUCAAGAAAAAAUGAUCUGCUAAAUGAACCUUCCCCCUAGGGGGGCUCCGGGAACUGUUUAAAGAAGAAUUAUAUAAUACUUGGAGGAAGGGAGGGGGGAAUGCAACAGUUCACACUUCAGCAGAACUCUAUUUACAUGUCCUCCAAUUGGCCAUAUAUUUUCAUUUUCACUUGCAUGGAGAAGACCUUGUCACGCACAGUAGUGCUAAGAUAUAACACACAAACACCCCUUUCUAACUGGAGCCAAGCGGCAAGUUCACAAUAUUGGGGGGGGGGGUGUUUUUCUGGUAUCAUCAAAGCUUAUAGGUGUGUUUUGGGUGAGUAGAGGGGUUGCUGCUAUGAGCCUAUCAAUAAAUGGGUGUAACAAC